CUAACCUCACAGCGAUUCCACCCAUCUUGGAGGCUCAGACCCUUGCGACAGCCACUGCUAGCACUUGAUUCUCUUAAAUGCUGUCGUGAGCAUGUUACUCUGCAUCUCUACAAGCAAUGAUGAUGCGGAGCAAGCCAGCCUCGUCCAUGCAGAAAACCUACGAUGAAUCCUAUCUACAAUGUUCGACCGCCGUGUUCUUUGAGGGCCAGGGUAAUGAAGCAGAAGCGCUUCGAUCUUGGAAGUCUGCGCUGGAUCAAAUAACUUACUACAAAGCCUACAAACUGCCACUCAAUUAUGCACCCAAGUCCGAGACCGAACGAGCGCUUUUCGAUUCCCUCAAAGAACUUGAGAUACAAUGUAAAGAACGAGUUGAUCUUCUUGAAACGCUCAAGAGGAGCCGGCAAGAGGUUGGCAGGACAACUCCUAGGGAGGACAGAUCAGAACGUAGUGGCCGAAGACGUCUCGAGAAACACAGAGGCGAUGCAGAGACACCACAAGAUCGACCAGGACCGCAGUGGUUAGGCGAUAUGACUGUACCGCCGUUGCAAAUGUCAGAACUUCCAACAGCUACGCCUGCGAUACUUUCUCGACCACCACUCAGGCCUGCGCGAAGUAGCGAAACAACUGCGAGCAACUCACCAGCACAGUACCCACGUGCCUCGCCCAUCGGGUACCCCCCUUCAUUGCCCGUGCCGACAACGAAAGUGUCAAGAAGCCCUAGCCCUGACCAUGCCAGGAAAACAAUGAGAACAACUUUACGGCCCGAAAAGAAGGGAUUUAGAAAAUAUCGGUCGGCACCGAAUCGUGAUAGACAAGGGGACACAAUGCGAGCGGCUGGCCUUGCGUGGGAGUCGCAGCCGCGCAGGAGUUCGCAACAGAGUCCGCGGCCGGAGUCAGACCCGACGAUCGAGGCGAGACUGAGCGCCACGGCUGCUCGUCGAAGCAUUGAUCAAGAGGCUGCGGCACGCUCAGAAGAGCAUCGCAGAUCCCAUCCCAACCCUGCUGAUAUUAUCCCACCUCACACAUGGCGGGAGCUCACAAACUCGGGCUACCCAAGUUCGACUAUGCAAAAGUCGAUGGAGAGCUUAAAACUGACAUCAACUUCGGUGCCCGACUUAAUAGAUCUAGACAUCGAGCCUGAGAAGCCACCCCAACCACCACCACACGGAUCAGUGCCAGGACCGUCUAUCUCCAAAGCAAGGACAGCAUCACCCAUCGCUCCAUCAAGACCGCCAGAUCUCGCCUACCGGAAGGAGUAUCCUCUGCGGCCACAAAAGGUUCCACAGCCGCUUGCCAACAGUCUUCUUGAGAAGGCCUAUCAGAGACCAAGCACUGGGGAGAGCUCGUCGGGCAUAUUCCGGAAACCUGUGGCUAGCUCAAGAACUUCGCUCGAGGUCCGGGGUCGAUCUCCAAAACGGCGGGAAGAGCAGUCGGACAGCGAGGAUGAUGCUUCAAAACGUAGCCUAGCCCCGCCGGUCCGACCGAAGGGCACCCGGACGCAAAGUGCAAAGACCAUCACUCCGCCUUCAACAGACGCCGAGUCAUUGGACGAUGAUGGCGCUGGAUCGGACCAAGAGAAGCGUAGGGUAAAGCUACUGAAAAACUUGCCAAAAGGGAUCGACGAAGCUGCGGCCAAACAGAUUCUCAAUGAGAUCGUGGUCAAGGGCGACGAGGUGCACUGGGAAGAUGUGGCUGGUCUCGAUGCGGCUAAGAAGGCUCUGAAGGAGGCAGUAGUGUAUCCCUUCCUACGACCUGACCUUUUUAUGGGCUUGCGAGAACCUGCUCGCGGGAUGCUGCUGUUCGGACCACCGGGAACAGGCAAGACCAUGUUGGCGCGAGCAGUGGCAACCGAGAGCAAGAGCACCUUCUUUGCCAUCAGUGCCAGCAGCCUCACUAGCAAAUGGCAUGGUGAAUCCGAAAAGCUAGUACGGGCUUUAUUCGCUUUGGCAAAGGCCCUUGCUCCAAGUAUCAUUUUCGUAGACGAGAUUGAUUCUCUUCUCAGCGCCAGGAGUGGCUCAAGCGAACACGAAGCGUCAAGGCGGAGCAAAACGGAGUUCUUAAUACAGUGGUCUGAUCUGCAACGAGCUGCAGCUGGCAGAGACACGACAGUUGGAGAUGCUAGCAGGGUGCUGGUUCUCGCUGCAACCAAUUGCCCGUGGGAUAUCGAUGAAGCAGCUCGGCGAAGGUUCGUCCGACGGCAAUACAUUCCACUACCUGAGGCGGAGACAAGAGAGACGCAGGUUCGGACAUUGCUGGGCCAUCAGAAGCACGAUUUGAGCGCGGAAGACAUUAGUCACUUGGUCCGCUUGACCGACGGUAAGAACGAAACAGACCAUCCGUUCUUGAUAGUACACUGGACUGACCUGUUGCAUAGGAUAUUCGGGCUCGGAUAUUACAGCUCUUGCGAAAGAUGCGGCCAUGGGACCUCUGCGAAAUCUCGGGGAAGCACUGCUAUAUACGCCUAAGGAGCAGAUACGACCGAUAAACAUGCAGGACUUUGAAGCCAGUUUGGCUAGCAUCAGACCAAGUGUGAGCAAGAAAGGUCUGGAAGAGUUUGAACAGUGGGCCAGGGAUUUUGGUGAAAGGGGCGGCUAGGCGCAAUUCGAGGGAUCGUCGUUCAUCACAGGACAACGCAGAGAGGCAUCAGUCAAUGUGGAUUUCGGCCAUUUCAUUCCAUGACACGUCGGAUGAAGGAGCACUGGGACAUUUCGGGGCGUUUAUGGCGAAAUUGGCAUAACAAGAAAUUGGCCAUUAUGCUCUCGAAUCGAGCAGGUGUGAGGCCAGGGUUAUUACGAGUGACGAUAACGUCGUAUAGAUUUGACGAAGCACAUUGUUCCAUGUAGGAUACUUGACAGAUAAAGCAGACACUUGUACUACACUUGUAAGGACUCGUUUGUCCAGCAUAGCAUACUGUACUACAUAUACGGAGUAUCCA